CUAGUAUUGUAUUUUGGUAGUUUAAUUAUAAUACAAGAAGAUUAACCAUCAUGGGAGGAGAAACUGAACCAUCUAACGAAGCUCUAAUAUCACCAAUUACACCUUUUUCAACCAUUAUUCCAAAUACCUAUUCUCAACAACAAGCUAAUUUUGAUUCAAGUACAAUAUCCGAAGAGAGGAAUGAUGGUGAUAGUAUCAAUAGAGUUACCUCUCUUCCACCAUUACCAUCAUUAGACUCUCCCAAGAAAAAACCUCUUCCAUCCAUUAACACUCUUUCUCCACCAAGAAAGACUUCAAAACCACUCCCACCAAGACCAACACAAACCUCUACGGAAAUUAAUAAUUUAGUAUUUUCUCAUCCCUCUGCUAUGAAUACAACUUAUUCUUCCGAUAAUUUUACCACCAACAAUCCAUCCUAUCCAUCCACACCUCCAAAAGUUUUGUUCCGAGAUUAUACUGAGAAUAAUUUAGAGCCAGCUUCCAGUAUUAAUACAUAUAAUUACGAGUUUGCAAAUAUAAACCCUGAACCAAUAUCACAUAUAUUUACAAAUGUAGAUGGUAGUAUGCACCGUAGUUCCUCCUUUGCGGGUACUUUGGUCAACAGACGUUCAAUUCCUUCGAAUGUUGGUUUAAACUCUAUACAGGAGGAAGCUAUGAUUCGUACUCAAAGUUAUGACAAAUUUAAAUUGGACGAAUUAAAGAAACAAGGAUCGACUGCUGCUGGCAAUAAUAACGGAAAUAAUAAUAAUAAGAGACAUAAGAAAAUAUUUUAUAAUACUGAAUUUUUGGAGAAAUGCGGAUUUAGUAAUAAUUCUAUUGAACAGCAACAAAUCAAACAACUGAAACAGGAUGAACUUCAAGAGGAACAGAUUCGUAGAAUGCAUUCUGAACAAGAACAAAAAAUGAAGCAAAUGGAAUUAGAAGAGUUGGCUCUCGUCAACCGAACUUUACAACAAGAGUUCAGUUUUUCAGAAUUUUUAACUUCUCAACCAAAAUACUCAUGGAGUGACUUUUUUGCCCAUAACAAGAAUGCAUUUAGUUUAAUCAGAGCUAUGGCAUCUCAAUGGUCAUGGGGAGAAAUGACCUUGGGACUCGAAUAUUUUGCAAGAAGUAAGGGCAAGAUGAAACGUGAUUUUACUCAAUUCAAAUUAGAGUCAGAUUUAGAGAGACUGCCAGCUUCAAACGUUGAGGUUUGGAGACAUUAUGCACGUUUAACCUAUCAAGUUUUUAGAGACUCGAUAGAGGACAUACCAAGGAACACCCGUUUGGAACUUCACAAAAUUAUUGCCUACGAUAGAACUCAACAAGCCAUGAGACCUGGAUAUUUUCUGUGUGUGGACGACUAUACAAAAUCGGUUCUGGUUAUUUUUAGAGGAACAAAAUCAUUUAGUGAUAUUCUGACUGAUUUGCACUGCUCCUCUAUUCGUUACAAACAUGGAUAUUGUCACAAAGGAAUUUUGACAGCUGCUCAAUAUUUUGAUUCGAACAAAUUCAUCAAGGAAGUGGUUAAAAGAACUCUUGAGCAUCAUCCAGGAUACAAAUUAAGGUUGCUGGGUCAUAGCUUGGGUGGUGGUACUGCAGCUAUAUUGUCCACUAUGUGGAAGAAAGACUUUCCUGAUAUUCACUGUUAUGCAUUUGCAUGUCCACCAGUUUUAUCACAAAUUUUAGCUGACGAAUGUGCUGACUAUGUUACAAGUUUUGUAAAUGGUGAUGAUUUUGUAACAAGAUUAUCAAUGACAGCUGUUCACGAAUUGAGAAAGGAAGUACAGAACUAUCCUUGGAAGGAGGAAAUGAUGAAAGAUAUUCAAAACUCAACACUUGGAAAGUUUGCAGCUGGAGUUAAAAAUUAUGCAUCUGGUUUAUUUAGUGGAUUAUUUGGAGGUAGUAAGAAGGCAGAUGUAGUAGAGCCAAUCAUAGAAGUUAAAAAGGAUGUAAUCAAGACAGAACCUAUCACCACAAACAUUACAACAAUAAGUACAGGAGAAGAUGCCAAAAGAAUUGAGUACGAUCAAUCUAAUUCAUCGAUGGAGGAUCAAGAUAUUUCCAGUUCAAGUAAUGCUGAUGAUGUGCAGAGUACAGAUGAGCCUCUUUCCUCAAUCUCACAAAGCACUAAUGAUGAUGUUUUCCCUUCUUCAGGCUCAACUGUUAAAAGAAAAGUUUCCAAAAAACCAAAGAGGAACCCAGAUUCUCCACUGAUUAUUAAUGAUUAUGAAAAUCUUGUUGUGACUCUCUUCCCAGCUGGUUGUGUCUAUCAAAUUAGAAAUAUUGAUGACACUGUGUACAUAAAAAAGGCCAAUAAGGAAGACAUUACUUCCAUAAUUUUGAGUGACAGCUACAAGGAAGAUCACAGAAUGAUCAACUAUUUAUGUAAUCUUGAUGCUUACAAUCCAAUAACAACCGAGAGUAGUGUAAUAUAAUGUAAAUAAAAUCUCGAUUUUUG